AUGGCUAGCAGGAGCCAGGACCGGAGCCUGCGAGAGGAGCUGACAUGUGCCAUCUGCUGCGAGCUCUUCAGCGAGCCUGUCAUGCUGGACUGCAUGCACCACUUCUGCAAGGCCUGCAUCCAGGGCUACUGGGCGAGCUCUGCUCGUGUCCCCUCCUGCCCCCAGUGCCGCCGUGAGUUCCCCAGCCGAGCUUUCCGCACCCACUACCUGGUGUCAGGGGUGGUGGAGAAGGUGCGGCGCUGUGGUUCUGUGGAGCACCAGCACAAGAUGCAGAAGCACCUGGAAGAUGCUUUGCAAGGUCGUCGGAAGGAGAUGGAGAACUUUUUGCAUCGGAAGCGUGCGAUGCAGGAAAAUAUCUGCAGCCUGACGAAGGUGUCUGGGGAGCUGAACUUCAAGAUCCGGGCAGAGUUUGCCCGCCUUCAUCAGAUCCUGGAGGAAGAGGAGAGAGCUGUACUGGCAGAGCUGGGUGAAAAGGAAGAGCAGUCGCUGGCACGGCUGCACCGGGACGUCCGCUGGCUGGAGGAGGGGAUGUCAGUGCUGCAGAGGGACAUAGAGCGCAUAGAGCAGACCCUGAGCAAGAUAGAUGAAGUAUCAUUGCUGGAGGUGGAGAGCCUGGAUAUCAGGCCCUCGGUGUGCGUUGAGACCCAGCCUGCCUUUGACCUGCAGCACUACAGGGACAGCCGCAGCGGCCCCUUGCAGUACAUCUUCUGGAGGCAGAUGCUGCAGUCCAUCUGCCCCGCUCCUGCCCCACUUACUUUCGACCCUGAGUCAGCCCACCCCAACCUGGUCUUCUCCAAAGACCUGACAGCAGUGACAGAGAGGAAUCGAGCCCAGCCCGUCCCCAGUAGUCCCCGGCGCUUCCGUCAGUGCGUCAACGUCCUGGGCUCACAGACCUUCAACAGCGGCCAGCACUACUGGGAGGUCUGGGUGGGCAGGAAAACCAAGUGGGACCUGGGGGUGACGGAGUCUUGGGCCACUGCCACCCCCUGGGUGCGCCUGACUCCCCGCCGGCCCCCCCAGAAAAUCGGGGUCUUUCUGGACUGCCAGGAGGGCACUGUCACCUUCUUUGAUGCUGGAGACAUGUCCUACCUCUUCACCUUCCACGAGGUCUCUGCGGAGAGAUACUGCCCCUUCUUCAGCACCUGCUUCAGCGAUGGGAGAGUCAAUAUAGAGCCCAUGCGCCUCUGCCACCUGGCCCUGUGA